AUGACGACAUCGACUAAAUCAUAUCAAGAUAAACGCCAUGAAGAUAUUAGUACUAAAGAAGAAAAGGGAGAUCAAGAACAGAAAGAUGAAUGUAAUGAUAUUCCAAUACUGGACGAUGGUGAGAUUGUCGAAGAUGUGAAGAAUGUUUUCAUAAAGAAAAGGAAAUGUGGUAAUGAUGAAAACGAUGAGGAAGAACCAUUGCACGAGAAACAAUCAGAUAAGUAUAAUUAA